AUGCAUAUCCUUCAAACCUCUCAAUUCCUCCCACUCUCUCUCCUCUCUAAAACCCCUCUUAAACCCUCAAUUUCCAAUCUCCAAAACCCUAAUUUCUUCCCCAAUUUCUCUCUUCUCUCUUCCUCUUCAACCUCUUCUCUUCUCCCCAAACCCCCCAAUGCCUAUGCUCCCGAUGAAGUCCCGGUUGACGAGACAUUCCUCGAGCAAUUCGGCCCGAAAGACUCGGAAACCGAGGAAGAAGCCCGAAAGCGGAACUGGGUUGAGCGGGGUUGGGCGCCAUGGGAGGAGAUUCUCUCUCCUGAAGCCGAUUUCGCCCGAAAAUCACUCAAUGAAGGGGAAGAAGUUGCAUUGAAAGACCCUGAAACAAUUGAGGCAUUCAAGAUGUUGAAACCCAGUUACAGGAAGAAGAAGAUGGAGGAAAUGGGGUUGACUGAAGAUGAGUAUUUUGCUAAACAGUUUGAUAUUAAGGGUGAAAUUUUGGAGCCUUUGAAGACUUACUGGGAUGGCCCGUUAGUUGUUCGUCACGUUGCGCCUCGCGAUUGGCCGCCUCGAGGUUGGGAGGUUGAUAGGAAGGAGCUGGAGUUUAUUAGGGAAGGUCAUAAGAUGAUGGCUGAAAGGGUUGAUAUCAAGGAUUUGGAUAAUGUGAUUAGGGAAAAAGAAGGGAUGUCUAUGGAUAGGUAUAAAAUGUUUCUUAAGCAAUACCAGGAGUGGGUUGAGUAUAACAAGGAUAGAUUGGAAGAAGAGUCUUAUGAGCAUGAUCAAGAUUAUCAUCCAGGAAGAAGGAAACGAGGAAAAGAUUAUGUGGAGGGAAUGUAUGAACUACCGUUCUAUUAUCCUGGACAAAUCUGUUUUGGCCAGGUGACUACUUUACACCUAUAUCAAGGAGCAUUUGUGGACAUUGGAGGAGUAUAUGAAGGGUGGGUUCCUAUUAAAAACAAUGAUUGGUACUGGAUUCGCCAGCAUAUAAAAGUCGGUAUGCAUGUUAUGGUUGAGAUUUUGGCUAAGAGAGAUCCUUAUCGGUAUAGAUUUCCUCUUGAAUUACGUUUUGUCGACCCAAACAUUGAUCAUCUUAUCUUUCAAAGGUUUGAAUAUCCACCAAUAUUUCAUCGUGAUGAUACUAAUCUUGAUGAAUUACGACGUGAUUGUAGAAGGCCUCCUGUUCCCAGAAAAGAUCUAGGAAUCAAAGUAGAAGAAGAGUCUCUUUUGUCUGAUCAUCCAUAUGUUGACAAGCUGUGGCAGAUUAAUGUAGCUGAGCAAAUGAUCUUGGAUGAUAUGGAGGCUAAUCCUGACAAAUAUAAAGGGAAGAAACUGUCAGAACUUACUGAUGAAGAAGAGUUUGAUGAGCAAAAUUGUGUGGAACACACAAAAGUUUAUUACAAAAACUCGCUGUUGCCAAAAACAAUAUUGAAAACAAGUGUCAAGGAACUUGAUUUGGAAUCAGCUUUUGCUGAGCGCCAGCUUCACAAUAGACUCCAAAAAGAAGCAGAAGAAAGAGGGGAGAACUACAAAGUUGACAAACUAAGACGAAACAUAGAGAUGGAUGAGUAUGAUUUCAUCCACUGGCGUCGUUCGUUUGAGGAAAGAGAAGCUCUUCUGCGAGACAUAAGCUGUCGCCGAGCUCUUGGCCUACCACUACAAGAACCAGGGAGAUAUGUUGAUCCCAGUAUUCUUGGCAAAGAUCAAUAUGAUGCUUCUCACCCCUUGUAUCGCUAUGACUAUUGGGGAGAGCCAAAGAACUCGGAGAAGAGUAAGCAGGAGCGCAUGACAGAUGCUCACAACAAAUCUAUUGUUGGAAAGGGGAAUGUUUGGUAUGAAAUGUCUUAUGAAGACGCAAUUGAGGAAAUGAAGCAUAGGGAAACCCAACCAAAGGACAUUGCAGAGAGGCAGACAGACGAAGAAUCAUAUUUAGAUGACGAUAGUGAUGAUGAUUUUGACUACAGCAUUCUAAGCGACUUGAGUGCUGAGUAUGCUAGCCAACCUCAUGUGAAUGGGACAGAAUCACCCAGCAUAUCAGAUGAGGGUAUGUUUGAAGAUUAGUUUGCAACUUUGCAAUGAAUCAGAAGAAAAAUCUGUCAGAUGUACAGUAAAUUUUUUCUUAGGAAAGUAGGAAAAAUCAGUGCACACUUCCAGUAGUAUGAGAGCAAUUAAUAGUUGAGGGUAUUGAGUAUUAUAUACUUAAAAAUUUGUUGUGUUAUAAUGAGAUGUCUAUCUCUAAACUCAAGGAUUUGGACUUUUGUACAGAUCGAAUAGAAAUGAAUUUUCUUGAGCAUGAUUUUGGCUUAGUUUUGCUUUGCAAAUGGAUUGAAGAUCAGCUUAAUUUUUUGCUCUUCUUA